GACAGCUCACUCUUGACGAAGCUCUCGCUUUCCGGAAUUGGCGUGGAGAGACUGCAUAAAGAGACCGGGGAAUGAGAAGCUGACAGUGAGAGACAGACUGCUGACUGGUGUAUGUGUGUGUGGAAACCUUUUGCUCUGGAGAGCCCCAAGUAUAUUGCUUAUGCACUGUGUUAUAUUGAGCGCUGGUUGCGUGACGUUCUGUUUGUUUACUGAAUCUCCUUCCUGAUCUCUGACUUUGUUACACUGGUGCCGAAACCCGGGAAGGAAGCUGGAGAGCCAUCAUGCAAACUCCGACAAGUACGCCAUUUGCGGAUGUCAUCUCAUCCAUCGCGGUCCUACAUCAAGCGUUACUGGAUAUGCGGAGUGACCAGGAGCGUCACUUCCAGGCCAUUAUCCAGGCGCAACAGGAGGACCACGAGAGGUUCCGGAGCUGGAUGGACCGGGAGGUUCGGGCAGAAGCAGCAGCUCAGCAGACCCCACCCACCCACCUGCCGCUGAACAAGAUGGGGGCUCAGGAUGACCCUGAAGCCUUCCUGGAUCUUUUUGAAAAAACAGCAGAAACCUGUGGGUGGCCACGAGAGCAAUGGCUGGUGCGCCUAAUACCGCUGUUGUCUGGAGAAGCACAGGUGGCUGCUCAGCAAUGGCCCGUGCAGAACCUCCUGGUCUUCGAUGAUCUCAAAAGAGCCAUCAUCCAGCAGGUUGGCCGAAGCCCAGAGCAACAUCGCCAGCGGUUCCGUUCACUGGACCUGGGCAAGAGUGGCCGACCCUUCGUGAUGGCACAACAGCUCCGGGACUCAUGUUGCAAAUGGCUACUGGCUGAGGGAAGCGACGUCGAGCACAUCAUCGACUGUGUGGUACUGGAGCAGUUCAUCACUCGUCUGCCGAAGAAGACGGCAGAGUGGGUCCAGUGCCACCGACUGACGUCACUGGACUCAGCCAUCCAAUUGGCGGAGAAUCAGAUGGUGGCGUGUCCCGGGGUCGGCGAAUCCCUUCCAGCUGUCUCUCUCUCUUCCCCUUUAUUUUCUCCCUCUCUCCCUGCCUCUCGACCUGUCCCUCUCCACAGGUCCCGUCCUCCACAAGCCCAACCCCGAGCCCAACCCAGAGCUCCUCCCAGGGGGAUCACGGCUGGGACCGAUACAGCAUCCGUUUUCCCGCUCUCUCUACGUCAAUCAUUUGGCCCACUAUUGGGGAGGUCUGGGUCGGCCUGUUGGCAUAGCGGGGACCUGGAGCAUUUUAUUGACAGGUGUCCCAUGAUGGAGACGGGGACAAUGAUCCGGGUCCCGUAUCCCCCGCAGGCUGCCCCCAGUCAGGCUGGCUGGUACCAAAUACCAGUAAGUAUUAAGGGGGGUACCUACCAGGCUCUGGUGGAUUCAGGAUGUAAACAAACCGCUAUCCAUCAAAGCCUGAUUCAGCCCGAGGCAUUGGACACAAGCCGCUUAGUUCAGAAUUUACCAUCAAGCCGUGUUGAAGGUCAAGACUCUAGAUCAUCUCUGGAUGAACAGAAGCAUCAGGAUAUCACAACAAACAAAUCAGACUCACAGCCAGAGGAGGCCAUUUGUAAAAAUGGUGAUAUAAACACAACCCAAUCACAACUCUCAGCACCACUGGAUAUUGCCAACUUGAAAAUCAAAGUGGACUGGAAAGAACCAUUUCCAGAUAAAUGGAGUAAAAACUUAGAGAUGGCCAUUCAGAGAUGGUUGUCCAAACUGGAAGGAGCACCAUCUGUCCACAGCAUUCAACUCAUGGAUGAUCAAUCAUGGGCACAGGUGCAGAUUACACCAUCAACGGCUCUAGAAACUUUAGAAAAUCAUGGGACUGUAUAUUUGCAUUUUAAACAUGAAAAUAAGGAUGCGACUGCGCAGAUUUUUCUGGAUGAAGAACAUUCUGUGACUGUAUCACAAAACACCUCCACGUCGGACACGAACAGAAAUCCAUCAUCAAAGGUGAACGAGACUAAACCUGUGACUUCUGCUGCAUCAGAUGACAAAAAUAAUGAUGCAGAUGUUCCAAGUAAGACUAAGACCAUUAAAACUGAUGAAAAAAACCCAGAGACCUCAGCUGGAUUUACUGUCCCCCUCCAUCAGUUCUGGUACAUGCUUCAUGCUUACAAAAAGGAGGUAGAGAAAAUUGAGAAACAACAUGGAGUCAGUAUGCAUGCAGAAGUGUCAGUCUCAUUCAUAUCCACCCAGAACUCAAGCCCUGAUUCUGUCUCCAAAGCCUCGGAGGACUUUCAGAAUCUUGUCACUGAUUGUGUGGUUAAUUUUAGUGAUGUUACCAUUAAUCAUAAUGACAUGAAUUCAGAUAUUGUGAAGGAGGCAAUUCGUAACAUCCAGUUAGAGGAGACAAAGUUGAUGUUGACCAUGUCUGCCAGCAACUGCCGGUUCUUUGGACCAAAUAAAAUUACAGACAUGAUUAACAGAGAGACAACAAGAGUGGAACAACAAUUCAAAGACAAAUCAAAUGAAAUGGAUGAAGAUAACAACGUUUCUCCACAAAGCAGGUUUUCACUGGACAUGGACACUAAGGACCUUCCAACUCAACUUGAGAUGGACAAGGUUCAUUGGGAUCUGAUGAAUCUUUCCUAUAAAGAACAAUUGUCCCAGCUUGAAACAAAGUAUAGAGUGUCAUUUCAUGAAGACAAAAUGCAGAAAAAUGUAAUUAAGGUUCAAGCUCGAUCCAAAGGAUUUCAGCAUAUUAAUCUGGAAAGUCAUGCCCUCAGAGCUCUAACACAACUCUACCAGAAACUUGCCUCAGCCACUGUCAGCUGUAAACUCACAAACCCUGCAGAUAAAACUGACGUGGCUGCACUAUUAGAGAAACUUCAGCAGCAGCAUCGUGUUGUUGCAGCAGCAGAUAGACUCAGUCUCUGGAGGCUUGUUGGACUGCCAGAACAUCUCGGUCCUGCCAUUGCUGAUAUUGAGAAGACACUUCAGAGGAAUGUGUUUGAUGACCAAAUGAAGAAAUUGAUUGGUUACUCAGGUGACAUUCCUCACACAAGAAAAAUCAACUGGAAUCAGACGCCUGGUUAUGGACCAGGAGCAGUGGGUGGAGCAGUACAGGAUGAGGGAGUGAAGUUUAGAGGGCAAGGCAAAGCAGAUGCUGGUUUCAAUGAAGAUUCAAAAGACAAUUCUAGACAUGAGAGUAAAGGUGCUCAUGCUGAAGAGGAGACAUGUACUAUUUGUAUGGACAGCUUCACCAACAAGACAAAACUGAAAUGUGGUUGUGAAACAGAAAGGCAUCCAAACCCGGGAAACUAUUUUCAUGGCACAUCACGUCGUGCGUACUUGCCUGACAACCGUGAAGGAAAAGAAGUGCUCGCACUGCUGCAGAGGGCUUUUGAUCAGAGACUGAUCUUUACUGUUGGGACCUCUACAACCUCCGGUUUAGAGAACGCUGUCACCUGGAAUGAUAUUCAUCAUAAGAUCAAUACACACGGCGGGCCUCAAAACUAUGGCUAUCCAGACCCUGACUACCUGAAGAGAGUAAAGGAUGAGUUGAAGGCCAAAGGCAUUGAAUGAAGAUUUUAUUGAUGUUCCCAAAUGCUCAUCUAAGCCAAAUGUUUACAAAUAAGCCAUUCUUUGAUUAUGAUAUUGUAAUAUACUUAUUUUAUAUAUAGUGACUUUCAGAAGUAUUCAGACCCUUGACCAGUUUACUGAAAAAUAAACUAUUUAACUCUUGUACGGUGUGAAGCAAAUCUUAAAUCUCAAAAUUAAUAAUUUGAAAGCAGGAUUGGUUUUAACAAAAUAAAUAAAAAACUAAAACAUACAAUCUUCCAAAAAAUGCAACCCCUCUGCUCUGGAGAUCCAUGUUUACACAGCUGAAAUUACAAAUCAUUAUUUUCUUUGGUGUAUUCAUUCUAUACACCUGCAUACAUGAAGAACACACUUUAUCACGGCCACUAAUGUGGUUAGCUAAUUCUCACAAAUGAAACAUUGUAAAGUGUUACCAAAACAUUUUCAGUGGGUCAAAAUACUUUUGGCAGGCACCAUAUACAGGUGUGGUCACAUGUUUACAUACACCUUGCAGAAUCUGCUAAAUGUUAAUCAUUUUAACAAAAUAAAGGGAUGAUGACGUGUAAAGUUUUCUUAUUUUGUUCAAAGAUCAUAUUUUUCCAUUUAGUAUGGCCCAUCAGAAGCUGCAGAAGAUACUUACAUGUUUUGCAGAAGAAAAAAUAACCAAAGAAUUUGUGGGACUUGCGGGAUGAUGUUUCUGAAGAGCAGCGGUCAGUUUAACUGCUCAGGACUAACAAAGGACUCAUGAAAAAACAGUCAUGGAUCAUCCAGGUAACAGUAUUGAGAAUCAAGCAUAUGCAAACUUUUGAACGGGCUCAUUUUGAUAAAUUCAGUUAUUAUUUUGUCUUCUGGUGUAUAUGUAAACAUCUGUUAUGUGAAAUACCAUAUUCAGGACAGUAACAUCUUCUCAGGACAGUAACAAAUGUUUACGAUCCCUCUUAUUUUGUUCAAAUUGUGAAAAUUUCGCAGAUUCUGCAAGGUGUAUGUAAACUUGUCACCACAACUGUAUAUAUUGGUAUUGUUUUAAUUAAGGUGAUGGGCUUUCAUGAUGUUCAAUUGUAAUGAAUUGUAAUGAAAUGUUUUAGCCUGAAGUUGUCUUGUGAUUUUCAUGCGUAUACACUGCAAAUAUGAAGCGAGUAUAUAAAGUACCACACUAAAGGCACUUGUGUUGGUCCUGAUACUCGCAUAUAUUAAAAAGUGUGUAGUACUUAUUUUAAUGUGGGACUAUGGAAAAAAAAACUUAUGUUUGUGAUUAUAUUUAGAUUUAAAUGUUAAAGUUUAACAUCAAUUUUAGUUCUGAUAAAAAUGUGUAACCACAAUUUCUCAGAGAAAUCAACCUACCAAUGGUUUGUUUGUGUAUAGAAAGUUGAGUGCAAAACAUACGAAACAUGGCACACUUCACCAAAUCUUUCACAAACUGCCUAUAAUAAUACUUGUUGAUUUUACUUUUAAAAUGUAUGCUUUUUUUCUCAGUGCACCUCUUCAUAUUUUAGCUCUUGUUUUCAGAAAGCAAAGGAUGACUUUAUCUCGGAACAAAUUUGAAUGAUUAAUCUUGGGUUUUUGUUUCAAUCAAUCAUAUUGAAAAUGCCAAAUUUUUUGGACAAAAUGUAUUGAAGUUCUAACUUUUGGAAAGAUUUUUU